AUGGUUGAGGAUAUGUGGACCAUAAAUCUUCUAUGCGAUGGGGCUGAUAAAGGAGAGAAACGUGUGCAAAAGAAAAUGGAUAGAGAUGAGAUAUGCUACUUCAACUUGAUGGAAAUGAUCGAGCAUUAUGGGUACACAUCAGUUGACUAUAUAUACUACAGAAGAAAAGAUGGCCUUGUUGCAAUAGAACAAGAUCCUCAGGUCAUGGAAAUGCUUGAGGAGUGUGAGAGCCAAAAGAUGGUUAGCUUGUUUGUGACAAAGCAAAGACUGGCCACAUUAGCACCUACCAAUUCCAACAAAGAACCAUCCAAAUCUCAACCAAAUAAAACCAAAGUGAAGGUGCCAGGUGCUCGUGCUUCAGUGGCUGUGGCAAGGGGUAGAAGGAAACAGAUAAUUCAGAGUCAUGAUGAAUAUUUGUCAGAAGAGCAUAUUGGACAAGAGAGCCAUGGACAAACUACUGAGGCAUCUGAACUCCAUUCAAGUGCUAGAGAAGAUCAGAUUGAUGGUGAUGGUGAUAUUGAGGUUAAUUUCCAUGAUGAAAGUGAAGACAGAGUAAAGCGUGGAAAGACGAAACUGAAAGAUAUUUGGAACCUUCCAAAAGGUCACAGAAUCGUGGUUAGAUGCAAUGAGCUGGAUCAAUCAAUUGGACUAGAGGCUGGGUUUCUUGAAAAAUUUCUUGGCAUGGUUGCUAGGAAUGGUUGCUUGUGUAGCUUGAGCUACAAGGAUUGGAGACUUCUCAUAGGAAAGAAAGAGAAAAACACAGAUGAACAAAAAAAUAAAAAGGAUAUACUUAAGCAAGUGAAGAUGAGAUUCCUGUACCCUUCUCGCAUUGAAAAAUGGAUACUUCGAACCAUUGGAGAGAGAUGGAGGCAACACAAGUCUAAUCUGAAAUCAGUAUAUUUUGAUGAGCAUAAGAGCACAAAACAAAACCAUAGUAAUGUUCCUGACGGUGUACAUGGUUAUCAGUGGAUUGCGCUUGUUGAUUAUUGGACGACACAAAAAGCACUGGAUAUAAGUAAGAAAAACAGAGUAAACUGUACAAAGAAGAAGUCAACACAUACAGCUGGAACAAAGAGUUUUGCUCGAAACAGAGAGGAGUUGAGGGAAAAAGAUCCUGAGAAGAAAAAUCCUCAAAGAGUUGUUUUGUAUCUCCAUACACACCAGAUUAAAAGUGAGGACACAAAUGCACAUGUGGAGGCUUUGAAGGAACUUAUAGAGCAGCAGCCCUGUUUAGCGGAGACUAGUCAAGGAAAGGUUGCAUGGAAAGGAGAUGCACUUAGCAAAAUAUUAGGAGAAGAAAGGCCUGCCAUGUGCAUGGCUUGGGACUUGUUCCAAAUCCUAAUCAAGUGUUUGGCGCAUGUGCUUCAAAGCGCCUUAAGAGUGUACAUUUGA